AUGAAUCCAGUAACUAAUAGUAAAACUCCUCCACCGCGUUUGGUGGACAUCAACCCCCUGAGGCCUCAGUCUAUGGGAACGCCAUCAUCUAUCAAUCCUACACUGUUAUCGCGCCGCCGGACGAGUAGAUCUCAUAAUCAUGGCACAAUUGAUACCGUGCCAGAAUUGAGAAGAUUUAACAGUUCAGGUACCAAGUCAAGUGGAAGAACGAGACCUCGUCAAACGACUAGUCAAAGCUAUGGAUCUUUGGAUACAACAUCACCUCGACGUGAAAGAGAAACCAUGAAAGAUUUAUCCGAGUUCCUCAUGUCUUAUGAUCCCCCGGCGCAUAAUCUAGUUGCUCUCCCACAAAAUGCCCCGAGAAAAAAGUUUGGUCUUCUCCGAAGGAAACAAAAGAAAGAAUUGAAGUCUAAUCAGUUCUUGAAACUCCCCGAUACUGCUAUUGCUGCCAAAACUCAUCAGGGCGUGCAGUAUAUAGCAAUUUCGAUACCGCUAGAACAUGAUUACCUGGGGAGAUUUCCAACGCCUCCUGAGAUGACUUCAAAUUUGACACAGGUUCCAACACCGGAUAGAAGCCCUGUUGUUAUCCCCAAGCCAGGCUACAAUGUUGGAGAUUCUUCUACGCCUCCACCGGAACUUCCUGUACUUAAUAGGACCACUUCAAUCUCCAAUAGGAAUACUUGGGGUCCAGGCACUUUAACGAAAGUAGUUACAAAACCAGGGUCGGAAGAGGUGAUGUUGCAAAAUGGAUACAUUCAUCGAACCAGUCAAGUGUAUACCCCUAAUGGGAGUAUUUACUACGAUGCUCCAGAAUCCCGACCUCGACCGCAUUCAUCAAAAGCAUUUUCCUCGCCCGGUCCCUCAUUCAAAAUAGCUCCAACAGAUAAUCCUCGAGCAAAUUCCUUCAAUUCCGUCAACCGCCCAAUACUCUGGAGCAACAGAUCCGACGGCCCCUUGCGAGUAAUAAACAGAACACCAUCUCCUGAUAUCAAGCCGAAUCAUCAGACUCACAAAGUGAUCAAAUCUAUAUCCACUAUUCAUAGCAUCGCAGCUACAGGAACAAAUAUCAGGCACUUGCUAAAGUCUACACCAGAUAGUUUUAAUACGAACUCCUCAGCGCAAGCAGUGUUUGGAACGGCUGAGACGGUUGAUCUGCAGAGUUUCAGAGGGACUCCAAGGCCUUCGAUUGCUUCACCGGGGAGUGAAAAUAUUAUCCAGUUCCCUGCGGCUAGUGCGGUGGAGGCAGAAGGUCAAUCUAGGAAUCAAGCGACUGCUCCCACCGAAAUUGCAUCACCAAUAAGUCCACAAUUUGGCAGUAAUGAGAAACGAGCAGAUCAAGCAACACAUCAGAGCCGCCGCGAGAGAGUACGAGCAAAGAAGGAAAAAGACUUGGCCUCUAUUCGCUCAAGAAACUCGAGUGUGGGUCACACAAAUAUAAAUACAAAUACUAAUACAAACAGGGCAUCUGUUCAAUCCGUUCCAGAAAAUUCUUUCAUCGAAGCCGAACAUUUGUCUCCCCUAUUUUCAAAUCCAACAUUCGGACCACCAAACCGCACCCUGAAACGCCUCGCCCCAAACAUGAAUGGAUUGUCUACAACUCGUAUAAUGCUCGUCGCUGACUCCCCACCUUAUAUUGGAGAAUUCAGACAGUGUGAUUUCGGAGCACGUCCCAUUUCGCCUGCUUUAACGAUGAAAUCGCCUUCGAGACUCCCAAGACCUACGUUUGAUUCAACAACCUCUUUUUAUCGAGUUGAUAGUGAGGAAUCAGCUUAUGCACAUCAGUCUACUCAAACUAUUUUGAGUCAUACCAUACCUUUGGCGUCGACGACAUGGUUAGGGAAGGAAAGGGACGGGAGGAAGAGUAGUGAUGGGUUUGGUUAUGGACGCAUGGAUCUCUGUUCUGAUGAAGAUUUGAAGUAUUUGAAUGGGGAUGUACAUGGGAAGAUGGAUAGAGACAUGAGUAUGAAUAUGGAGAGAAGAAGCACGGGAGAAAUAGGAACAAGUCUAAGAUCGACGAGUUUGAAAGAAAAAGAAUUGGACGUGCGAAUGAGGAUUGUGGAGAGACAUACGGAUGUGCUUUUGAGGACGUUGGGAGGGAUUGCGAAGAGUUUUGAUGGGUUGGGGGCGGUGGGGAGAUUGAGGUGGGAGGAGGUGAAUGGGAGGGGUGGGGUGGGAAUGGGGUCGAGGUCGAGUGUUAUUGGGAUGGGGGGGAGUGAUGGGGAGAGAGGCAAUAGGAUGGCGAGUGAGGGGAAGGGGAAUAGGAGGAGAGCUAAUACGACGGGGAUGGGGAUGCAGAAUAGGGAUAGGGAUACGGAUAUAGAUUUGUUGAUGAGGGAGAUUCGGAUGGCGGCUCCGAGGGUUAGUGAGGAGAGUUCGCGAGAGAGGAGAGGAUGA